AUGCUACACUGCAUCGUGAACCACGGGCGCUAUGCUACAACUGGACGCCCGAAAUUGCCUAUUGGGCUGGCGAGAUCAGCCUCUGCAGACCAUUAUAUGGGCCCCCCGUGGCCCCUUCACCAUCAUGAUCCAUCAUGA